AUGAGUCAGGUUUGGAAUCAGAAGGCAGUGAUAAAAGAAAUAAAAAAUGAAAUAAUUGAUAAUGAAGAAGAAUCAUUUAUAGCAGAAGAUGAAGAUGAGCAUAGAAUAAAUCUGGAAGCAGAUGUUUCAGAAAAUUGUUACGAAAAACCAGUAAAAACCUGGUCUUCUAAGGUUUAUGAUGCCUUUAAGGCUUGCUUGGAAAAGUGUGAUAUUGUUGUCAUUCCAGCUGGUGUGCCUCGUAAACCUGGUAUGACUAGGGAUGAUUUAUUUAAUACAAAUGCAUCAAUUGUUCGUGAUUUAGCAGAUGCUUGUGCGAGAGUUUGUCCUCAGGCUAUGAUCUGCAUCAUAGCAAAUCCCGUCAAUUCUACUGUACCUAUUACUGCAGAAGUAUUUAAGAAGCAUAAUGUGUUCGAUCCAAAGAAAAUAUUUGGAGUAACUACAUUGGAUGUAGUUAGAGCCAAUGCAUUCAUUGCUGAGGCAAAGGUACUUGUUUCGUUCUUCUAA